GUCUGAGGGAGUUACAGCCGGUGACAGCGGAGCCUCAGCUCACAUACGAUAGAAACCUCUCUCUCUCUCUCUCCUCACCCACACACCCACCGCCCGCCCGCCUCACUACCUCGUCGUCGGAGGAGCCGAGCGGACGUGAUCCCGCCGCCACCACCACGAUGAUAAUGAUGAUGAUGAUGAAGAUGGUGCUGAUGCCGGCGGCUCUCGCCCUCCUCGUCCUCGCCCCGCUCUGCCCGGCUCUGGAGGUUCCAACUGAUGGAAGCGCUGGAUUGUUGGCAACGGAACCCCAAAUUGCCAUGUUCUGUGGCAAGCUGAACAUGCACGUCAAUGUACAGACCGGCAAGUGGGUUUCUGAUCCCUCCGGAAUGAACAGCUGCUUUGGCACAAAAGAAGGAAUAUUGCGAUACUGUCAAGAGGUUUAUCCAGACUUGCAGAUCACCAAUGUUGUCGAGGCUAACCAACCCGCCACCAUCCAGAACUGGUGCAAGAAAGGCCGGAAGCAAUGUAAAGGCCACCCUCAUAUUGUGGUUCCUUACAGAUGUUUGGUUGGUGAAUUCGUAAGUGAUGCCCUCCUUGUUCCAGACAAGUGCAAAUUCCUGCACCGGGAGAAGAUGGACACCUGUGAGAGCCAUCUGUAUUGGCACACUGUCGCAAAGGAGACGUGUGGUGACAAGAUCAUGAACCUCCACGACUACGGGAUGCUGCUGCCCUGCGGCAUUGACGAGUUUCGAGGAGUAGAAUUUGUUUGCUGCCCCUUCCCAGAAGAAAACGAUAAGGUUGACUCGGACAUUGAUGUGGAAGAUUCAGACGUCUGGUGGGGAGGAGAUGAUGCAGAUUAUGCCGAUGGCGGUGACAAGAUUGUGGAAGAACAACCUAUAGAGGAGGAAGAGGAUAGCGAUAUUGAUGAUGAUGAUGAUGAUGAUGAAGACGACGAUGACCUUGAUGAAGUCGAGGAUCAGUAUGAGGAUCCUACCGAGCAUACGACCAGCAGCACCACCACCACCACAGAGGCAAUUGAAGAAGUUGUGAGAGAUCUCGAGGUCAAAGGUAAACCUGCAUCUGACUUGACCCUGGUAACCUGGAAUCUUGUCAUUUCAAUAAAAAAGGCUUCAAAAGGCUUCAAACGGCUUCAAAAGGCAGCUGCAGCAAAAGUUUGUUCUGAGCAAGCGGAAACUGGGCCUUGUCAUUCCAUGAUGCCUCGAUGGUACUUUGACAUCAGUGAAGGAAAGUGUGCCCAGUUCUUGUACGGAGGCUGCGGAGGAAACAGAAACAAUUUUGACUCCGAAGAGUACUGUUUGUCCGUCUGUAACAGCAUCAUCCCCACAACAGCCGCCAGCACUCCCGAUGCUGUUGACAAAUAUCUCGAAACACCCGGUGAUGAGAACGAGCAUGCUUACUUUCAGAAGGCCAAGGAGAGGUUGGAAGCCAAGCAUCGAGAACGCAUGUCAAAGAUAAUGAGGGAAUGGGAAGAAGCUGAACACCAAGCUAAGAACCUGCCCAAAGCCGACAAAAAAGCUGUCAUUCAGCGUUUCCAGGAGAUGGUGGAAUCGCUGGAGCAGGAGGCAGCGAGUGAGAGGCAGCAGUUGGUGGAGACCCACAUGGCGAGAGUGGAGGCCAUGCUGAAUGACAGACGUCGCAUCGCGCUGGAGAAUUACCUUGCCGCACUCCAGGCAGACCCACCACGGCCCCGACAUGUUCUGAAUGCAUUGAAGAAAUAUAGCCGUGCUGAACAAAAAGACAGGCAGCACACCCUGAAGCACUUUGACCAUGUCCGCGUGGUUGAUCCCGAGAAGGCGGCUCAGAUCAAAUCUCAAGUAAUGACUCACCUGCAUGUCAUUGAUGAGCGCAUGAACCAAAGCCUCUCCCUGCUCUACAAAGUUCCUUCAGUUGCAGAAGAGAUUCAGGAUGAAGUUGAUGAGCUGCUGCAGAAGGAGAGGAGCUACAUGGACGACAUGAUGGCAAACUCCGUCAGCGACACACGCAUCAGCUACGGCAACGACGCGCUGGUCCCUUCCCUCUCCGAGACCAAGACAACCAUCGAGCUCCUUGCAAAUGACGGGGAGUUCAGCAUGGACGACCUUCAGCCUCAGCACCCAUUUGUCAUUGACUCCAUCCCUGCCAACACGGAGAACGAAGUUGAACCAGUGGAUGCACGGCCAGUUCCAGACCGAGGGCUUACCACUCGACCAGGGUCUGGACUCACCGGGAUUAAGAUGGAGGAAAUCGCUGAAGUGAAGAUGGAAACUGAAUUCCGUCAGGACUCUGGGUAUGAGGUGCACCAUCAGAAGCUGGUGUUUUUCCCAGAGGAUGUUGGAUCAAAUAAAGGAGCUAUCAUUGGUCUCAUGGUUGGAGGCGUCGUCAUAGCGACUGUGAUUGUCAUCACUCUGGUGAUGCUCAAAAAGAAGCAGUACACAUCUAUCCAUCACGGGGUGGUUGAGGUCGAUGCUGCCGUGACUCCUGAGGAGCGCCACCUCUCAAAGAUGCAGCAGAACGGCUACGAAAACCCCACCUACAAGUUCUUCGAACAGAUGCAAAACUAAAAAAAAAAUAAACAACAACAAAAAAAAAAGAGCGCUCGUUCUAAACAGUAGUCUAAUCUCCCGAGCUGGACAGCAUACGACAGCUCCUGCUGUGCGUGGUGUUCAGCUUGGCCGAGACACUCCGUGUACCAUUUAUUCUGCUCAUCCUCGCCUUUUUUGAACAGCUGUGCUGUAACACAAGUAGUUGCCUGAACUGGAAGAAGCGAAAACUAAGAAUCAAAAACGUGUAUUCCUGAUGAGCAUUUUAACUGUUCUCACUACAUGGUUUAUCAAUGAAUGUUUUUUGUGAAUCGUUAGGGUUUCUCUGUAUCUAGUGCAUGAUACUUGUCUCCUCUUCCUCCUCCUCCCCUUCCCCCCUCCCCCUCUUCCCCAUUGCUAUUUAUCAGGUAGUUUGUUAGCAGGUUGUAUUGUAAUCUUGUGAUUUUUGUGCAGAUUAUGAUGUCCUUUUUAAAUUGCGACAUGCUAUUAACCUAUAUGUGCUGACUGAUGUGAAAAGGGGAUAGGGGUUACUUACAUAGGUGCUUCUGUCUUGGUCGAUUUGAGCUACUUUGCAAGGGUGCAAAUACCAUGCUGGUUUGGUAUUUCGGUUUUAUUUUUGGGCGGGCGGGCUAGGGUCGGGGUGAAAGUGACAAGGUGGGGAUGAGUUAUAAAGCAGGCUUACUAUGCAGUAAAAUGUAGUGUUAGUGUUGUUGAUAUUCCAGCUAACACGUCGGAAUUUUUUUUUCUGUUUCUUUUUUUCCUUUGCGAGAGAACUGCUGUUGAGCUAAAUCUUCUUUGAUGCUGUACAGUGUCCGUGAGCUACAGAAUAAAGGAAAUGGCUAGGGUCCCGUGCCUGUGAUUUGUGUGCCAUUCUCAUUGUCAUUCACUUAAGGAUCUUCUACCCAUGUCAACCUUUCUUUUUUUUUCUUUUUUUUUUGAAUGUAACUGUAUUAGUGAGUCCCUGUGACUUGCAUCUACCCUUGGCAGAGUUAGCGCUUCGAUGGGGUCAUGCUUGCAACAGAUGUAUAUACUGAGAGGUGUCUCAGUGGUAAGGUGGGUUGUACAGAUGUAGCUUUAAGAAUGGCUUUCUACAAUGUAUUACAUAAAUAAAUUUAACACGAUUCUUACUGAA